AUGUGCGACGGGCCAUUGGGAAUAUUCAUUGCAACGGACGGACAGUGGCUGGCCUCUCAGCCCCUCUUCAGCUAUCUUGCCACAGAUGACGUGGCAGCGUCUGCGAAAAACGUUUCACGUAUGAACUCGGUCUCCGAGUUUGGUCUCGCCAAUUUAAGCGCCUUUAAUUCAUUGAGAAGAACUAAUAGUGGAGCUGGCGAAACAAGGCCCAAGUCAAUUGAGGAACAACUCGUGAAUCUAAAGGGAUUGCCUUUAGCCACUCUUCUUUUGAACGAGUUUUCUGACAAGGAGAAUGGAAUUCGUGCACCAAGUAACAUUAAAGUCAAUGGACUGAGAUACGUUGGCUGGCCAACAAGGGUGCAGAAUAAUGCCGAGAAAAAGCAUAUUACUGGAUUCAAUCUAGUCUUCGCAAUCAAGGCUAGCUGCGAUCAAGAAGUCGGUCAAAGAUAUCAACAAAUUUCGCGCCACAUUUCUACAGCGAUUGUGGCAGAAGAGAAGCGAAAUGGAUUCCUGACUUCAGAAAUGAAAAAGUGGCACAGCUACCAACAGAGCUUACAAGGUCAUGAUGGGUUAGAGGUGCAAGCAAGUGGAAAAAUCUCCGAUUUGUACAAGAAGACCCUCGAUAAGUCGAUUCUUGGCCAGCAACUUCAGAAAUGCUUCCGGAUAUUGACGAAGAGGGACAUGUCCAGGGAUAUUUUCAUCGGGCAAAUACGAAUCGGCAUCACAAUAAAUAACGCUUCACAAGUGAUUCACAGGCUUGACCUCGAUUCUAAUGACAUGAUCCAGCCCUUCCAUACUUUAAUUCUUCUUUCUGAAUUCGCAAAAGACGGAGAGGGGAUCGAAUUGCCGAAUGAUUCCUCAGCCACUCUCUUUCGCAUGAUAAAGAAAAUUCAAUCCAACCGGAACUUGAUGGAUACGCAGCACGAGUCGGACGUUCUUCUCAUUCACCUUCAGGAAGUUGCAGCUCAUCUAGUUCAACAAGGCCUUGCCAAGUUGAUCUAUCCUAUUGACAAAAGAGCACGCUACGUAUUAAACAGGGAAUUCGAUUUUAUCUUGCUGGAAAAAGACGAGAAAAAGCGAUCUCGGGAUAAACGAUUCAAGCCAACAGCGCUAGUCGAGGAAUUCGAACAAUUCAAGCAGAUCUACAUGCAUGGUUGCAGUAUAACUUUCAUUGAAGUCCUGCAGAUGUUCAAAGCCAGCACGAGCGUAAAGAAAAUUAUUGCCAAAGUCUGCAAUUAUAUGCACAAUAUGGAGACCGCAGAAGAGACUGUAUUCAGUCUCAUGCGGUGGCUUAUCCUCAAAAACAUCGUGACCCGACAACACUUUCUUCUCUAUUUUCUGCCUCCGCCUUCUGAGGAACUUGAGCAACAAGCAGCCAGUAGUCCGUCUUCAAAUGACACCCCCGAGAGCGAUCAGAAAAUAGCAUUCAGUGAUCUACCAUCGUUCCUGACUCUUCAUCAGAAAAUUUAUGUUGCCCAAAAAUGA